GGUCGUUUCGUCGGUUUUGAAAAUGGCGGCUCGUGAGACGUGAGUGGUGGUGAUGGUGUGACUGCCGGUGGAUAGGCGGUGUUUAUCAUUUCUAAAGCCUUUAAAGGGAUGGUACAUAAACCGUGAAAUGCUUUGAAUCGUACAAAUCAUCACGGUCAUCUAUAUUUUUCUUCACCUUACUGUUACCAAUGCAGUGGAUUUCACAGUUCACUCUACACUUCACCGACCUUGUCGACAAUCAAUCUAGACAGUAGACGCUGAGCGGACGGGAAAUGGGGGAAGCUUGCUAUGCCCCUGACGAAGCAGUUUCAUUUUUCUCACCUUCAGUGCAGAAAUUAUAUGAUGUUUUGCACGAAGAAGCUGCGGAUGAAGGUGGUGAUUCAAAUUUAUUAGAAGUUUUCGACGAUGACGGUCUUCUGUGGUGGAAAGCUGUCGCGGAGCUUAUGCCCGCGCUGGCCGACCCGCCCAGUUACGGCGGCACGCUGUCUCUGUGCCGCCCCCUGCGGCGGCUGCUGCGCGCUGCGGACGACGCGCGCGCGGCGCUGACGGCGCAGCGGGCGGCGCGGCUGCGGCGGCUGGCCGCCCGGUGGCUGCCGUUUGAACCCACGUGCGUGCGCCAGAUGGGUAGGAGCUGGGACCGGCGGCUCACCACUCUGCACAUGGCCGAACUGUGUGCUGCCAUCGACCGAGGCCUGGGCAACAUAUUGUUAUUGGAAUGUUCACGGGUUCCACCCCUGCUGAAAGACAUUGUUGGUGCACCAGAACUCGUCAGCAUCCUUGGACCUACACCAGUGCACCUGCUGCGGCUGCUGCUCGGACCGCCGUGCACUCUGAACGUCCGUAACCUGGUGUGGCACGGUUUUCCGGCGCCGGGGGAGCUGCCGCCGGCGCUCCUCAGUCUGCUGCUGCUGCUGACUGCUGCUGUGGGCGCUCUGCUGGCCGACCGCGCCGUGCCGGCCCGUCGCCAGCUCGCCUACUCGCAGGCGCUGCUGUCUUGUCUUCAGCUGCCGGCCGUGGCCGACUGCCAGGUGGAGGACCUGUGGCGUCUCGUGCUCCGCUCGCCGUUCGUACCAGUAGUGAUGCGACCCCACUGGCGUCUCGCGCUGGCCCUCUACCGCCAUGGCAGGUUCGGCCAGGGCGCGGUGCUGUUGCUCCCUCAGCUGGAGCACUGUCUGCGGCUGGCGUUCUGCGCGCUGGCCGGCUGUCCGGAGCGGCGCCGCACCGCCGAGCACCGGGAGCUGUACACCACGCUGGACCAUCUGGUGGCCGGCGGCGGCGGUCCGCUGCGCGCCCUCUGCGGCGACGCCGUGCUCUGUCAGCUCUGCGACCUGCUCGUGUGGCCGGCCGGGCCGCGGCUGCGCGACCGGCUGGCGCACGGCGAGGUGGAGACGGCGCGACUGCCGGCGCCGCUGGCGCACCAGCUGCUCUGGCUGACCGGUCAGCUGCUGGUCACCACCACUGACUGGGCGGAGCGGCAGCCGGCGCCGGCCGGCGGCACAGCGCAGCACUCUGGGGACGGGGCCGAGCAGCAGCAGUACUUGACGGACCGGUCCGAGCAGCAGCGGUACUCUGGAGACUGGUCCGACCUGGAGCCUGUCAUCAGGGAGCUGGAGGAAGCUGAUGACUGUGAACUAGGUGAGUUGGACGGGUGUGUCGCACUCUCAGAGACUCCAGUCGGCGGCGACGAGUGUGGGACUCGCACGAGUUGUGUCAGUGACCAAAGUGCUGAUUUGGUUUGUGGUGACCCGUCAAGUCAUUUGACACCGACUAGUCAGUGUGUGAGACGGACUUCUGACGGUUCAGUGCUGGGAUGUGAGGACGCGUCCGUCGAAUCGAGCGACGCUGGUGCACCGUGUGACAGAGCGCGCUGCCCGGGUGAGUUCGGUGCGCUGUGUGCCGGCCGCGCGCGUGACUGGUACCACCCGUCGUUCCACCAGUUCUCAGUGCUGCAGCGCGCCGUGCGCGAUCUCAGUGCCGCCGCCGAGGAGACUGUGCGCCGCGAGCUGCCGCCCGAGGGCCGGCCGGCGCUGACCCGGCUGGAGCCGCUGGCUGACGGCGCGCUGUCGCUGCGUCCGCCGACCCUGCGCCGGCCGCGCCGGGAGGCCGAGCUGCUGACCCAGCUGCAGCAGCUGGUGGCGGCCCUGGACGGCGCCUGGCGGCGGGCGGCGACCGCCGGCGCCACGUGGCGCCGUCUGCAGGAGGCCGGACAGUUGCGCUCUCGGCAGCGCGCCACCUGGGGCCGCAUGCAGAGCGCGCUGCCGGAGCUGCACCGUCUGACGGCGGGUCUGCUGCGACUGGUGACGCGCCAGAUGGACGGCCUGGCCACCGCUGCGAGCACGGACCCAGACGGAGACGGAGGCGGGGACAGUUCCGGACGGAGCCUUACCAGACAGAACAAGCUUCUGUUGAAGCUGUGUGAAAAUAUCUUCUCUUCAGCGGAUUUUAGCAGGAAUCACUGGCUGAAGGUGCAGGAGCUGGCAACCGAGGCGCUGACGGACGAGCGGCUCUUGGACCGUAGCGCACAGCUCUAGGCCGCCUCGGACAUCAGUGGUACUCCAUUGAAAAUCAUCCGUCACUCUUGCACCAAUGGUAGGUAGGGGAGACCCGGGAGGCAUGGGUCAUUGUAGUUUUGAAGAAGUGAUGCGUAUUUUUACACUAUUGACCGCGUAAACUGGUAGCAGCCAUUUCGUUAUACAACCCACGCGAUUUCCAAAAUCUUCCUCAGUCUACUUUGGCAAUGAGCGGUGAUAGUGUUGUUGCCCCCUUCGAGUAAAAUACGAAACAUACGGAAAACUCGUGAUUUAUGUGAACCAGGCUCGCUUUAUGUUGUCAGACCAUCGCUAACAUACAGUUUCAAACAUGUAAAUUAAGACUGGGUAGACAAUUUAGUUUUCUUGCAAGAUGAUGAGCUGAGAUGUUACGUGCAUUCUGGCGUCCUAACCGGGAGGUUCGGGCCACCCACCCCCGGUGAUCCUAAAUCAAUAAAAUGAUGCUUUCAUUAAAUGUCCUCUUCAAUAAGUUUUAUUUUGGUCGAGCAAGGUCGAAAAUUUAAAUACAAAUUGCAUUAGAACAGAACAACAUUAUUUGUUUUAGGUAUUUCAUGGAACAUAAUUGUUGACCAAAAUAAAUAUCUGCCCAAGUGACCUUCAUGAAGUAAGCUGUUGGCCGCUCAUGCGGUACUUGGGCUCUAAGAGAGCUCAAGGUAAAUCCCAGUUUCGAGUAUUUUGCUCAAUGUCGAUAAAAUAAUCUGAAACAUGACACCGGCCUAUACCUCCCGGUGUAUUUUGAUGGAUCGAAAAAGCGCAUGAUUUAUGAAAAGUUAUCUCGAGGGACAAAAUAGUUGAUCGCAGAUGCCUAAUAUCAGGUACACUUUACAGGCGAAAGGCAAUUUCACGUACUCAAAGUGAAAAACCAGGUCCAGUCACUGCCCACUGGAAGAAAAUUGCCAUUUCACAAAACCGGCCCAUGCAUCCCUGGUCUCCCCUACACAGUUAAACGUCGACCUAUUAGAUCUGUAUUCCUUUAAAGCCUGAAACAGACUCUUUCCGCAGUCAGGAAAUCGCAUGCGAGAGACUAUUCAAAUACAUGGAAGCACGCCCGCAUCAAUCGCACGCACCUCCCGCAACCGCAAGCGAUUGAUGCGAGAAGAAUUACAACGUAUUUGAAUAGGCUCUCGCAUGCGAUUUCCUGAACGCGGGAAGAGUCUGUUUCAGCCUUAAGUGCUGUUUUGUGGAUGGGAUUUCGGGCUAGUUACUGUGUUUGCCAAAUAUCGUUGCAGUUUGCGUCACAAUAAGCUUUUCCCGGAUGUUUCGCCGACGGUGAUCGGGCACUUGUUUGCAUUCGUCCUCCGUCGGUGGGACUGGUCUGUCGCUGCCCCCGUUGGCGACUCGAGCUAGGCGUCAAGGGAGGAGGCAGUAUUUGACCGUCGGGGGUGGUCUCUCUCUCUCUCUCUCUCUCUCUCUCUCUCUCCUCUCUCUCUCUCUCUCUCUCUCUCUCUCUCUCUCUCCUUCGGAAGGUGCCGCCAAGUCCCGCACAAUCAGCUCGGCCGUCCCAGGUCUUGUAGCGGCGCCGUUCUGCCGUCCAAACCAAAACAAGCGUCUCACUUUUAGGAUUUUCUAGGAGAACCGAUUAAUUGUUUCAAGACAAUGCUGUUCACACAAUGUCUUAGCGUGAACAUUUUAAAAAUCAAUGAAAUCAUUGAAAAAUUGAGAAAUUUGAGAUUUGCAAUAACGUCACUGAGGAAGAUCGUGUUGAAGGAAAAUUGGGAAAAUAUUUUUUACCUUUCACUAACUGGGCGCAAUGCCUGUCUAGCCAAAAAGAUAAAAAGCUUAAAGGUAGUGUGCCAGCUUUCCUGGACCGUAUGGAGUUAAUGGCCCAGAUAAGGAGAACCGGAUUUUUAGAACUUAUCCAUACCUUCAAAA